AUGAUAUGCUGUCAGGGGUCUCAUGCUGAAGUGCUGGAGCAAGAAAUUCUGAAAUUGAGGAAUGAUAUGCUGAAGUACGAGUUAGAAAGGGAGAAGCUUGCAACGCAGCUCGAAGAGGAGAGGAAGUCACAAAAGGAGAUGCAGGGCAGGAAUGGAAGGGAAGGCAACUUUCUCAAAGUUAUAGAACAAAGGAUGAAACCCAUAAUCCAUGCUCUCAUCAUGUAA